GAGCCUGAGAGUAACGGUGUGCCUGACAAUGCUUGUAGCUUUAAGUGUCCACACAUCAGUUCCUCUUUUUGUCAGUUGGUUGAAGGACCGUAGCUCUUCCAGGAGGUCCCGUGCAGAGUAAAAGAGAAUCCAGUUUCUCAGACCACCUUAAGCCUUGUCAAUCAAGCUUGGCUUGGCUUUAGCAUCACAUCAAAUAAAUACGCACACAGGAACAGCAUUGCUUUUCCCUCCUCACUGGAACACGAGACAGGUCAUCUCCCCAGCCUCACUCCGCACAGACACCGCUUGGCCACGCCCCCAUCACCCGACUCAGGCCGGGGAGCCAUCUGGCCUGUGACUUACACCCCCCCCAUCCCCACCCCCCAUCCCCCAUUUCUAGGGCGGAUGUGUAGGAGUUUCAACCGACACGCUGCAGGAUGGCUUCUGGGUCAUAAUUCUGCAAUUUCUGGGAAUAGGAACAGGACACGGGGAAGGAGAGGGGGAGGGAGGAGAGGGAGAAAGAGAGAGAGAGGGCUCGCUGGCCCCCGAAUACACUGCCAAAUGGUCCUCAGCCAGUUGGACUGCCUCCGUCAGCGAUGCCGGGUGAUGGCACUGGACCCACUCAGCCAUCCCUUUUGGUAGCCUGCUGACGAACUGCUCCAAUACCACCAGAUCAAAUAUCUCCUCGGUGUCGCGAUCUUCAGUCAGCAGCUAGGAUUCCACCACAGCAUUUUCUUCCUCCAAAUCCCAGAUUUCGGCACCGCUGUGGCAAAUGACGAACUCUCUUCUGUAGGAGGAAGCGGGAGCCGGGUGAACAAUCCAAUGUAAGUCACUUUUAAUCACACUUUUCAGUGUAACAAACAUGGUCGGCUUUUCAGCCCAAUAAAUAAACACACACACUCCAGCAUUGCUUUUCAGCCUGCUCACACACACACUCCAGCAUUGCUUUUCAGCCUGCUGACACACACACACACUUGGCUUCGUGCAUCUCUCUCUCUUCGUCUGCCAUUGUCUCCUCUCCUUAAAUACUCCUGUCACUCCUCACUGGAACACAAAACAGGUGUAAAGCACAGGUGGAAAUCAUUCACCACUCAUCUCCCCCAGCCUCACUCUCCCCAGACGCCACUCGGCCAUGCCCCCAUCGCCACAAAUAUUUAGUCAGAAAGCUAAGAUCCCAGAAGACAUGCCCAAUGCUCUGUCAACGCUGAGCCGUUAGUGUGUCGCAGAUUUGCGGCAAUUAGGACUUAACGUAAUCUACUAAAGGUAAGAAAUUCAGAAUAAGUCAGAAAAAAAUAAGUUUAACAAUUUAUUUGUCAGGUGAAUAUGUAUCAUGCCAAUCACAUAAUCAGUUCAGAAAUAAUCAAUACAAAACAUUCAUUGCUCAAAGAUGAAUCUUAAAAGUAACAGAUGCAUACCUGACUUCAGCAAAGUACAGUAUGUAGUGUUGGCCCUACAGGGAUUUCUGUCUAUAAAAAAAUUACAAUGACCAAUGUGCUAAAUUUCCUUAAAUACCCAGACCAGAGUAAAACAUCAAAACCAAAUAGUAAAACAUAAGGAAUUUGGGACCGUAUAUAAUUCAGUGGGUAAUUUACAUUGAAGACUCACCCACAGCAGAGACAUCAUUUCUCCAAAUACCAAAAUCUUUGUUACUAUAGUACUGGUCACACUGAGAACUUUUAAUUGAUACCAAACAUUAAUUAAAAUUCCUUGCAUACACAAACAACGUUAUAUUUGUAUGCACUCAUUCUGAGUGAUUUGGGUCUAAAGAGAAUAGAGUGGAGGUGAGGGGGUAGUGGGGGAGAAGAGAGGUAUGUUGAGAGGGAACUGGGAUGAAAAGAACAUCCCAUUCAUUCACUCUGUGGGGUUUGUUAUCUCAGAUGGGAAUGUUCAUUUUGUUAUAGUGUCUAUGUGCCUGUUCUCGCAAAGUCUCUUUGUUCUCCAGGAGUUUUGCCCUUUGAAUGUCAAUACCUUGGCACUUAGCCUUACACUUAGUAUAAUAACAUUUUGAACUUUUCUACCAUUUUACAGCUUUCUCGUAAGUUUUUUAUAUGAUCAGGGUUAAAUUGACCCAUAGGUACAAAGUAGGUAAAAGUUGCCAAGGUUAGAUCAUCUCUUUGGAGGAUGUCAAGAAGUUUCAGGCCGAAAACGUUAAGUAGAUGUAAAUCAGUGUUAAAAGUUCAAACAGGUCAAAUUGACCCGCAAGUUCAUCCAAGGGUUAAGCUUUAGGCUGUGUUUUCAUCAGGGUUAUGUUAUUAUGUAAUUAGAUGUUGAUGGUUUUUGGCCAUUUUCUGUUUAGGCUGCAGACACAGUGAUACAGUUAACACAGAACCAUAAGCCCAAACCUGACCCAAAUGGCCUGGUGUUUGGGACAGUCUUCACUGACCACAUGCUGAUCAUUGAGUGGAGUCUUGUGGAGGGCUGGCAGAAGCCACAUAUCCAACCUUUCGGGAACCUGUCCAUACACCCAGCCUGUUCCUCCCUGCAUUACGCUGUACAGCUUUUUGAGGGCAUGAAGGCGUACCGGGGUCCUGAUAACAAGCUGCGUCUCUUCAGACCCAUGCUGAACAUGAAGCGGAUGCUGAAGUCUGCACACAGAGCAUGUCUGCCCAGUUUUGAUGGUUCAGAGUUUUUGGAGUGUAUCAAGAGGCUGGUGGAGGUGGAUCAGGACUGGGUUCCUCAGUCCGACUCUGCCAGUCUGUACAUUCGUCCCACCUUCGUGGGCACAGAGCCCUCGCUUGGAGUAAAGAAGCCGUCGCGUGCAUUGCUGUUUGUCAUUCUCAGUCCCGUUGGCUCAUACUUCAGCACAGGAGCCAAACCAGUGUCUCUGUGGGCCGACUCCAAAUACAUCAGAGCCUGGAGAGGAGGAACUGGAGACUGCAAGAUGGGAGGGAACUAUGGCGCAUCUAUCUAUGCCCAGUAUGAAGCAGUGGAUUAUGGUUGUCAGCAGGUUCUGUGGCUGUACGGUGAUGAUCAUCAGAUCACUGAAGUUGGCACCAUGAACCUUUUCCUCUACUGGAUCAAUGAAAAAGGGGAGGAGGAACUUGCAACGCCACCUCUAGAUGGAAUUAUUCUGCCAGGCAUUACACGGCAGAGCAUCCUGGAACUUGCUUACAAAUGGGGUGACUUUCUAGUGUCAGAGCGCUAUCUGACCAUGGGCGACCUGUGCCAGGCCCUGGAAGAAAACCGAGUGAAGGAGAUGUUUGGUUCUGGAACGGCUUGUGUCAUUAGUCCAGUUGGCAGGAUUUUGUAUCAGGGAGAGAAUCUAAAUGUUCCAUGUGAGGGAAACUGCCCUCCUCUUGCCUCCAGGCUGAUAAAGGAGCUCACAGAUAUUCAGUAUGGUCGGACCCCCAGUGACUGGUCUUUUGUUGUGUAAAGGAACCUCGAUGCUGUGGACAGACAUGAUCAUCAUAUUCGAUCUUGUGGACAUACAUGGUCAACAUACUCUCACACUCUUUAGCACAUAUGUUUGAAAACACGCACAUUAUUUAUGAAGGCUUUAUUUGUGGCUAUGAAAUACUUACCGUGCCACAUAGCAGUAUUUCUUUGUUUUGUACAAAGUUUGCCAGCUGAAACUAAAACCUAAUUCUAGCAAUAAUGCUCUUUUACAGACUGAUGCCUCUUCCUGUUCCAUUUUCCCACAUAGUGUAACCUGCAAAACACAAUCAUACAGAAACUUGUUGUAUCCUUAACACUAGUUAAAUGGAUAGUUCACCCAAAUAUGGAAAUUCUUUAACCACCCUCAGGUUGUUCCAAACCCGUAUAACUUUCUUCCAUGAAACACAAAAAUAGAUUUUCAUUGCAUCUUUCUUCCAUACAGUGAAAGUGAAUGGUAACUGAGACUGUCAGCCCCUAAUAUUCUGCCUAACAUUUCCUUUGUGUUCAACGGGAGACAGAAAUUCAUAAAGGUUUGGAACGAUAUGAGAGUGAGUAAAUAAUGACAUAAUUUUCAUUUUCCGGUGAACUAUGCCUUUGUUAUAUGAGUCUUGCUCUAUUGUACCAUUAGAUUAAACUUGUGGACCUAUACAUGCACUAGAUAACAUAUUUAUGCUGUUGAUAAUAUGAUAAUAUGCAAUUACGGGCAUAUUGCACAUGCUCUUUAAAAGACAGAUAUAUUUAGAGAUAUUUUAUGGCAGUGUGUGUUUUUAGAACUUUAUAUGUUUUUAAAUGUUAAAAAAGACAUUAAAUGUUUAAUCAUAGCAUAUAGUAGGAUAACACAGCACAGUGGAUUAUAAAACUCGUCCAUUCCGGUUACACAGCACAAAUCCAGAGUUUUAUAACAUUUGAUGGAGAUGAUGUCUGCACAGAAAGAGUUGUAUAUAAGUGUUUGUAUGUUCUAACAAUAUGAUCAUUCAGCGACUGAAUAACUGUGUUGCUUCAAGUGGAGUUUUAACAGUUACAAAAGCACAGAUUUAAUUAAAGUUAUAGAGAUAUAGAUAUGUGUAUAGUACAUAUAAGAAUUAUUAAUUGCCAAAGUAUUUUAGUGAACUAGUGAAUAUUUUGUGGUGUCAAAACAGAAAUAAAUAUUCCACAAAAAGUA